GAACCGGCACGAAAACAAGAGUCCGCAUGCGAGCAUGCUGUAAGUUAUCCGGCUCUUAUUUCAGCCGGUCAUAGAAACCGAGCGAGGAGAAAUGGAGAGGCUAUACUGCUAUAGAAGAAGGACCGAAGUGUCCUUGGUACCCUGCUGGGAACUUGGGGCGCCGGGAAAAUGUCAUGACCUGGAAUUUUUCGCAUGCGUAAUCAGAGUGAAAACGGCUGCCAAGUUUGGGAGUAGGAAAAAAGGCGACAAUUCCAUUGCAGAUUCUGGCAAGGCAUGUGCUCAAUAUGCACAACAAACUGUCGAAUUUUUGGCGAGCUGGAAAACGGCAACCUGGAUCCAGCCCUAUGAUUCCGGGCGGUCCCACUUUCACUGGCAAACUUACACAGGCUGUUGGCGUUUGGGCCCGUCCGGUGCCCUCCUCAGCAUGCCGCAUCCCGAGCAGCCACGCCGGUUAUACCUCCCUGGGGUUGAUUCCAUCGAGGUCGAUAUCAUAUUAUCCAAGGAAGCGUUUGGUUAGGGACUCCGUUUAGUCUCAGUGGUGCCCGCAAUGCGAGUAGACGCGAGUAGAAGGACUAGGAAGAGAUGCAAUGAAUCGGGGUAAUUCACGGUCGUGAAUUUCACUUCGAGCCCGAUGUGCGGGGUUUAAAGGCGAACUCGGAGCUUAUGCUUCGAGUCAAUCGCGGUCAGAGGCUCAGAGCCCGAGUGAGCAGGGAUUAAAGUAAGCAGUCGAGUUGUUAGAAUGAUAAUCCAAAGCAUCAGGCAUGCCGGGGCACAAACCGCGGUCAGCAAGCGCUAAUUGCUCCAGGGACAAGGGAAGGACUUGCUCGUCCUGAACCCCAUGGAGGACGACGGCGAGGGCCUCGAGGGAGCAGCGAGUACUGUGCAAAAGGAUGGAAAGGCUCCAUCAACAGGAUUCCAUCAACUGGAGGCUUGAGCUCUGGAGAAUAAUAUGGUGUACUUUCCUCGAAAGCUCUCCUUCCUGCUUUGCCUGUAUCGAACCGCCGCAGAAGACGAGAAGGGAGCAGGAGGGCGCUCUGCAUCGACAGAUAUUAGAGGCGAUACAGCUGAAACAGCCGGUGUGAGUCUACUCGCUAGCGGGGAUCAUAUGUCUGUGUCAACUCACUCGUGCUGCACGAGAUACCGUUCUUCCAUUAAAGAAAUCCUGCUCAGGUCCUCAAGCUCCAGUCCCCACUAUUAUUCCUCGCAGCAGCGGUUGGAAGUUAUGUUCACGUUGAAUCUCAUCAUCAAUCGUUCUCCUCAUUGCAGUAUUAAUUUAGGAACGUGAUUCAACCGUCGGGCGGGCUGAACUGGGCGGCCUCAAAGUUGCCGAUCGCCCUCUCCCAUGCAUGGUCGCAGGUGGGCUGACCCACGCCUUUGCAAGCGAGCAUGGAGACCUGAAUAUAUUCUUGUCUCAUAUCUUAUGAAACCGCACGGAUUCUCUAUAGGGGCAUUUCCGAAAGUUAUGAUCCUUGUGCCUUCGAUCGCUCUUGUCAUUCUGCUGUGCGGUAGAUGGUUGAUUGGCACUCUAUGGCAAGCAAGCAAGCUAGUCAUUCUCAGUGAGGUGAGUCUUCUGACUUGCGGUUGCUUCUCCCAAACGGCACGUGAAUGAAGAACCAAACCGUGGAGAAACGCCGGUGACACACUUCCCCUUUAUAAAAAGCUUGUCCGUUGUGAGUGAACUUCACUCUCACUGGUAAUAUGUGCUGGACCCCGAUCAAGUCGAGACUACACUAGAUCAAUUUGAUCUCCAGAGUAAACAUUGAGCACGAGGUAUGAGAGGUACUCACUGCAGAGGAAUCACUGCCUCGGAGAAAUGCACGCCAGCUGUCUUCAGGAUCCCAUUCAAUCACACUUCCUUUCUCCUACCGUAGGGUAGGGUUGGGUUGAGUUGAGUUGGUUGAGUUCGGUCCGUCCGGUACAAUUCAGGGCGAAACUUUUUCAUCAGUCAAUAGAAACUGGAGCUUCCAGAUUCCAAGAGUCAGAAAUGUACAGUCCUUGUAAGCUGUCUGUAGAACCACAACAUUUUCCCGGGUCUCAAGUUUACGCUAAUCGCGUGCAAGCGAGGUGCAUGACAUUGUAGAAUUAGCACCCGAAAACGACCGAGAUCGAGCUCGCCUCUGGCUUAACCACUGCCUGAGGAAGGCGAUUGAUUUCUAUUAGCAGGGCGGGGCGGGCUGUGUAGCAGCUAAAAGCGGGGAUGAGAACAAUGUUGUCCGGGUGUACAGGAGCCAGGCAGGAAAUCGAAGCGAACAAUUGUGUCUGAAUUCCGGUUGCUGUUUGAUUUAGGUCGGCUGAGAUUCCAAGGCGCCGCAUACAGAAGAGAAUGUGAGUGUUUUGGCUGCGCAAAACUCGAUGGUGAUGGCUAUGCGUGACCAUCCCUGCGGUCACCGUGCAUCAGCAGUUGUUGCAGAUAGAGCGGGAAAAACGAAGAAAGGGACGCAGGGAGGUACAAUAUAUAUAUUAUAUAAGUGAAUCAGGGGCACGCACAAGCAGAGAAGUUCAUGUGUAUGUUCACGCACGGUGGGGAGUAUUGCAGCGCAUCGAGAAGGUAGUCAGAGGAUCGUGGUGCAAACAGGUUAAGAGGAGAAUAUUGAGCGAGAGGGAAGCUGGAGGCAGCAUUGCAGUCAGAAGGAUGUGCGCUGUGUCGGUCAGAUUCUUUACAGAGAGGGGCUUCUUAUUGAUAAGUAUUGAUAUUGGCGAUUGGACAUACACAAUUAGAAGGGAACCACGUAAUAUGACCAAGGGCUGUGAGAAUGGGCGAAGGAGGCAGGAAAAUGCACGCACAACCCACAAGGGCAGACAACUUCAGAGUUUUCUGGUGCUUCUUGUGAAAAUUAAAGAAUCCCGAGCAGUAAAGGGGCCAGCAAAUCACACGAUAAAGUCCAUGUGCGCUCUGCACCCAGCGUAACCUAGAGUUAACGGUUGUUGAUUACCACUGUCUCAGCCCUUCGAAAUCCAGAGAGGUUGCAAUCUUUUAAUGGCACACCAAUAGACCGACUGGGACCUGACGAAUCUCAUCUCACCUUCCGGAUAAAGUAGAGCCCUUUCCCAUUUACAUCAUGGAUCGUGCUCUUGGUGCCCCCAGAGUUGAGGACAUUGUGUGGACUAAGGAGAAGAGGGUACAGUAGAUUUGCUUGCAAAUGGACCACUUCUUAUCACCUAUGGGCUUUUUUAGAUGUGGCCAUGAGAGCGAUGCACAGUCUGUUACCAGAACGAGUGCACUUGCCAUUACAUCCGCCUCCUCCUGCCGGGGCUCCUCCUGCUGAUCCUUUUCCUCGUCCAUGGUCAAGUUCUUUCUUCCUCAGUGGCGGCUAAGCCAACUCAGUUUCUCUUUGACAGGAAACUAAAAGUGGAGUAGUUGCAGAACAAGGACGAGGGCAACUAGCUAUUGUUCCUUGUGAAAAUCGCUUGUACCUCUUCUCGCUCUGUUCACAAAUCUGAGCACUAUGACUGUGCAGAUCGAUGGUGUGGGUCCCCAGAGCUCUCACUCACCCACUGCCCGCGGACUGAGUGCUUUCUGUCUGAUAGCAUAGCAACAACACAGCAACAAUAUACAACAAUACAACAAACAAGGAUCUCAACAUCAAGCAACCAUCGCACUUGUCUCCACUAAACUAACCUCUGACCACUCCAUCUCCUUCUUCUUCAUCCUAUUGAACACAACUAUUUAGCACGGCCUCUGAGACUACCAGGACCACCAAGGGGUCGUCUGAUUUGCUUUUCCCAUCCUGUCUUCCGUUCUUCAUUUCCCCUGCGGUGCAUGCCUUCAUUCUGAUUUGUUAAGUUGACAGGAUUGAAGCGGUCAUGUAGGCACUGUGCUGGAGUAGCAAGAAAGUGGCCCCUAAAUCCAUUAGUGAUCCAUCAAACACUCAGAGGCCAUAUGAUCAGCAGCAAGCAGGCCAAGCUUGCCCAACCCAGAAGAGCCUUAUCGAGUGGAUUUAGGCAGAAUCAGAAGACUGAUCAGGGUUUGAACAAGGGACAAACGCAGAGGUUCAGUAAGGUGUUGAGAAGUUGUUAUUAGUACAGGUACAGGAUCGGCGGCUGAGAGCUAUUCUCGCCUGUUUGUCCAGAUACCCACCCUUAUUUGGUCUCCAGCCUUCCUGGAAGCUAAAUUUUGGUAAUGAUCAUCUCUUAAGGAUAUAUUUUCAAAAUUGGAAGGCCUUUUCUUGUGCGUGAAGAAACUACUUUUGUUCGGAUGGGAAGGGAAGCCAUUGUGCCAUAUUGAGAGGAUUCUGAGGGACUGGACUCCAGAUUCCGAAAGAGGAAGUGUGUAGAUGUUUCUACCCCGGAAUUUACGUCGGUCGAAAUUGCAAGACAGGCGCUGGGACAGUGAAGAUUGAGCUCAGAGGGCUGCAUUUUAGGCAUCAAAGAAGAAAUUUUGUUGAUGGUUGAGGAUUGUGCACCACUGGAACAUUUCCAAGGGAUGACCACUUUUUCCUGUAUGUGACUCAUCAAUUUUGCAUUCCACGGAAGCAAGACAUAUCCAGCUUAUGAUCG